CAUUCAAAUGGAGUAGUCCACCGUGACCUUAAACCAGAGAACCUGCUCUACGCAGAUCUCUCCCCUGAUGCUCCUCUCAAAAUUGGUGAUUUUGGUUUAUCCAAAAUUGUGGAUGAGCAAGAUACAAUGAAAACCGUAUGUGGCACACCAGGAUACUGUGCCCCUGAAAUUCUCCAUGGCUCACCAUAUGGCCCUGAAGUGGAUAUGUGGUCUGUAGGCGUCAUAACAUAUAUCUUGCUGUGUGGCUUUGAGCCCUUCUUCGACCCAAGAGGAGAUCAAUACAUGUACAGCCGAAUCCUAAAUUGUGACUAUGAGUUUGUCUCUCCUUGGUGGGAUGAAGUGUCUCUCAAUGCCAAGGACCUGGUCCGAAAGCUGAUUGUUCUGGAUCCCCAGAAAAGAUUAACGGUUCAUCAAGCCCUGGAGCACCCUUGGGUGACUGGGAAAGCUGCUAAGUUCGCACACAUGGACAGUACGCAGAAGAAAUUGCAGGAGUUCAAUGCAAGGCGGAAGCUAAAGGCUGCGGUGAAAGCAGUGGUGGCAUCCAGCCGUCUCGGCAACCACAGCCACCACGAGGGAUGCAGAAAUGAGCGCCAUCAGGAUGCUGCCAAAGAGGACAGCGCAACUCCCACAGCGGAAAGUGACCUCAUUCUCCAAGGGAACGUUUACAAGGAGAAGAAGCCGGAGACUGGUGGGGAAGAAGCGAUGACCAUAACCCCUUUAGCCAUGGUGGAGAAGCUCGACAGCUUCCAGAACGAGAGUCCUGUUGCCCCGGUCGUGAUACUUAACGGUUCCGGCUGCAAGACUUAACCUUACAGAACGCCAGCGCGUUGCUCUUGUCGGCUAUUCAAGGGGUAUCAAGUCUAUCGUCCCUGCUGAUAGACCAAAUUAUAAUAAUGACCAUCCAAGGCCAUGAGAGAGCAAUUCAGAUGAAGGAGCGCCAAAGGCUAGCUGAAAUUAUGAGAAAGUGCUGUGGUGACAUCUUCUGCAACCUGGCACGCUCUGUUUGUAUGGGAUUCCUGCCCUUGUCAUCUUCAGCCACGGAUGAUGGGAGCUUUAAUCCAAACUUUUUGGAGAGAACCAGAUUGAGGAAGGCACUAGUGGCAGGUAGCUAUGUGAAGAGCAGUUUGUCUUAUUCUACAGAGAAAUCUGUGUUCUUUAAUAUCCUCUUGCUCUCUGUGUGCGUGUCUGUACACACAAACAUACAGUGAAAGGAUAAGAAUAUAUACAUUUGUAUGGGAGUCAGGCAGCUUAGAAAUUGGAUGAAUAAAUAAAUAUAUAAAUAUUCUUAGUUGUUCCCUCGGAGGCAAGGCUAGCAGAAGACAGCAACUUUAUUUGUUCUUUUCUAUUUGAAAUCCCAUAGUAAUAACCCAGAGAAAAACCUUCUCUUUUAAUGCUGCAUAAGAUCCCUUUAACUGCAGGCGCCAAGCUUUGAAUCUGGGGUUUUCUGCACUCAGAGUAUCUGCUUUAAGCUGCUGCAGCCUGUCCAUUCAAUGGAUAACUUUGAACCAUGUAUACCCAGAAGCAUAAGGGGCUUCUCUACUAAUUCAGUGAUUUUUCAAGCUGUUUGUGCCGUGAGACGUAGCUAGUGGGCCAGAUGGAAUACAUUAAGGAACAGCAGUCUCCAAAUUCACCCUCCAAACAAUAAAUAGAUAAAAACCUCACCCCCGCUGUUGCUUCUCUGAAUUAUGUCUCACUCGUAGGCCAAAUUUUUGUCUCCUUCCAAGAGCAAGGAAUCGCGGCAAAAUUAUCUACCCACAGAGCAGUCAUUUCUCCAUGCAGAAUUGCUCUGGACUUGCCUCUGCUCUGCCUCUGCAGAGUGCAUUUGCACUGUUUGGUCUGGACAUGCAGCAGCAUGACCUCCACACAGUCAAAAAUUGGUACCCCAGUUCCCUGCCAACUGAAGCAGGGAAUUCACCAAAUGCUUGCAUGAGCAUAAGAUUUACCACCAUUCAAGAGAGAAAAAAAAUCUGGGAAAAAGUGCUUCACUCCUUCCCCAAAACUCAGAAAAAUAAGAACAUUCUGACUCUGCCAGGGUAUAAUAUGGUGUCAUCCGCCUUGCAUCAUUAUCCCAGACAGAAUGGCCCAUACUCAACAAAAUUAGGUGUAUAUUAUGGCCCCCAGCUAUUAAAAACAAAAAUGACUAGCCUAGGGUCACCCAGCUGUCUUCUUGCCUAAGGCAGGACUAGAACUCACAGUCUCCUAGUUUCCAGCCUGGCACAUUCAACCACUAUACCAAACUGGCUCUCUCCUGUAACUUAAACUCCUUAAAUUAAGUCUUGCCUUCUGGGCAAACAGAAAGCAAGCAUUUGCCUUCUUCAGGGAUUUGAAGAAUGUGAUCCGAUCUGUUCCCAUCUGCACUCUCUUCUUUUUCUCCAAACUCAAGAUAUCCAUUUUUUUCAACCAUUCCUCACAGGACUUGUUUCCAUACUUCAUCCCAACUCCUUUGCCCUCCACUUGAUCUGGUCCCAUCGAGCUACAUCCUUCUUAAAAUAACUCACCGGAAACGGACUCAGGAGUUUUGGAAGCAGUUUUUCUGGCUUUAUAGACAGUGUGCAGAGCCCCUGACAAGAGGGUCAUCAGAAGAUCAUUCAUCGCCUCAAGGAGCUUAAAAUAUGAGCAUCAGCAAUGCUGGUUCGACAGAAGAAAAAGGCCAAAGCAGUAAAUAAUAUUUCUGCCAGUCCGACAUGGGGUAAUAGCAAACCGAACCUGUUGCUUUGGAAGACUCAAAUUCAGCAUAUUGGCACGAAUAGCUUUGCUUCCCAGCUGUUCUGCAGGAGACAUUUAUUUUAUUCUAGUUGCCAUCACUUCACAGUUUUGUAUUUGAGCAACAAACAAACAGAAGGUUUGUUGAAAGUCUCUGCAAUUACUAGUAACAUCCAAACAAUUUUCAGUUCUGCGUUGCUUCUCCAAAAGUCAAGACAUUCAUAGAAAUGGCAGAACAAGUGACUCACCUUUCUUAUAUUGUCUCCCAACUUUUCUAGACAUUACAAUCUUGUGAAAAGCAUUUAAAAUUGGGAUGUAUGUGGCAAACCACCAGGACAUCAACCCAUCACUAGGGCUAAAGGGAUGGCCUUCUCACUUCAUAAGAGGCACCUUGUUACACAUUUGGAACUCAGUGUCCUCUUUGAGAAACAGGUCAGCAUCCUUUUCAUCCACCUACUCUCAGAAGUAAAUGUUUUGAAGUGUUAAAUUACAGCUCCUUUAGAAUUAAUUAGCUCCUAUUAAAGACAUCUAUUAUUAACAGACCACUGACACUCCAUUUUGGAUGAAGAUUGCCUUCAGUCCAACAAUAUGAACUACCAGGGGACAUAUUUUGGUUUACAUGUUGCCUCAGUUCUGAUAAUAUGUACUAACAACACAAUAUUUUCUAUUGUAAUAUUGCCAGAAAUCCAAGGGCUAGGCUCUAGUUCAAGUCCAUUGUUUAACACUGGACUUAACUUCAAACACAGACUUGUGACAGCUAUCCAGACCCAGAAGGUGGAAAAAACAGUUUCUGCUCUCCCCAAAAACCAGUUGAAAAGAGUCUGGUUUGCAACUGUGUGGGUGAUGCUGUCAUUGAUCUUGAAAUAUUUAUCUAAGUUGUGCUGCUGGACAAGCUGGAGAUCCCUGGAAAGCAACCUAUAUUUGAUGAUACUCAGCUACGCUGUAAGCAAAUGUAUGAAUGGGAAAUUGAGAAGGAGCUAACCAUGGAAGGAGGCAGGUAGCUAAUGAGUAUAUUGAUCAAACUUGGUUUUGUCAAGUAUAUGAACUGGGAUACUACAAGAAAUGCGAUAUUAAAAUAUUAGACUGGAUCUAGGGAAGUGUAUAGUUUCCCUCCAAGGCAGUGUUUCUCAACGUCGGCAACUUGAA